GGAGGGUUUACCAAAAGUCAGAUUUCACUCCUCUCCUCUGUCCCCACCGCCACAAACGUCUCCACUACCACCAAAACAUCUUCCCCCCGACGCACGACAGCAAUCAUGGACGGCUCCUCCCCCGUCACCUCCACAGACGCUCGCCGCUACAGCGAUAAGCGGGACUAUAGUAAAUACCGCCGCAGCGUUCCGGACCAUUCAAAUGAUUUCCCGCCCGCGCUCAUGUCUUCUUCGCCCCAAGAGGAGAAGCCCAACCCAUUCACCGAAGCUGAGGGAGACUCCGCUAUCAAGCCAGUUGCCUCGCCGCCGUCCCCCGGAGCAUCCGGAGCUCAUCAGUCGCAGGGAGCAUCCGGAGCUCGUCAGUCGCAGGAUUACUUCGAUUCCAAGGCCCGCAGGGCUUCAAAUGUCACGGAUACCUUCAUCCGCACCGUGGAGCAGCUGAAAUCGAGUGGUACCAUGUAUCCGACGAUCCUCUCGAGCCCGGAAACCCUAUCGGUUCAUGUUCUGGACAAGGCCGCCCCGGUACUCUACAUCCACACCGCGAUGUACCACCUAUUUGAAUUCAAGAUGCCGAUCGUGGACGACACGAUCACCUUUCCGACCAUCAGCAUUGAUGCCACCUCGAUGGUGCUCCGCUACUGCUACAACAAUGCGAAGCUCGCUAGUCAAGAUCUGGAGGGCCUCCCGAUCGGCACCGUCACGGAGCUUUACCUUCUCGCUAGCCGUCUCAAGCUCACCCAGUUUGCGUAUUGUGCCCUCAAUGUGCUUGAGGCAAAGCUCGACGAUGCCGAUAUCGCGGAGCUCUGUGAGUACACUGUCGCCAAGAUCCGUCUCGACUUAGAGGAAAUCCCGGACUUCUGGGCCGAUAUGAUUCCCGCGCCCAUUGAGGUUUGGAUGGACAACUACCCCCUGCUGUGUGAAGCUUUCAAGAUUGCCAAGAUCAAUUCACCGAUUUUGCGCAUCAUGGAGACGUACCCCGGCUUCGCCCUCGGACUUAUUAACGGCGUUCACGAGAAGAAGAGGCAAGACAAGGAGGAGGCUAUGGAGGCUGCUGCUGCGAGGUUAGAGGCAAAGGCCAAGGAGGAUGCCCAGAAGGCCGCCCAGAAGGCCGCCGAGAAGGCCGCCGAGAAGGCCGCCGAGAAGGCCGCUGUGAAGACUCCCCGGACUGGAAACGGCAAGGCCCCCGGUCGCAACACCGUAAAGACCGAAGCCUCGGGUGCCGACAAGCAGGCAGGUAAAAAAAGGAGGUUGGCCCAGAACAAAUGAGCCUUCUUGUGAUAG